GGAAUUUUGGUAGCCAUAGUCGAUCCAACCUCCAAAGCGUCCAGAUGGAGAACGGAUCCGUGAUUUUGGGCCGAUGGCCGGCAAUGUUGUGCUGGCUGCUGCUCUGCCUCGUCCCACUCACCAAUCAACAACAAGCCCGCGCGGGAAACGUUGGAGCCACGCAGUGGAGCGACGACGAGACCCAUUUCAAUCGUACUCUGGACUCGAUUUUGGUGCCACGCGUCGUUGGCAGCCGUGGGCAUCAACAGGUACGCGACUAUCUGGUCCAAUCGCUGAGCGGCCUUGGCUUCCAAGCGGAAGUGGAUGAGUUCAAGCAGCGAGUUCCCGUCCUGGGUGAGCUUACGUUCUCCAAUGUGGUCGGUACAAUCAAUCCUCAGGCCCAAAACUUCCUGGCUCUGGCCUGUCACUACGACAGUAAGUACUUCCCGAAUGACCCCGGAUUUGUGGGAGCCACUGAUUCAGCGGUGCCAUGUGCCAUUUUGCUGAACACGGCCAAAACCCUGAGCGGGUAUUUACAGAAAGAGUUUCGCAAUCGCAACGAUGUGGGACUGAUGCUUAUCUUCUUUGAUGGCGAGGAGGCUUUCAAAGACUGGACCAAUGCGGAUUCGGUUUACGGAGCAAAACAUCUGGCAUCCAAACUGGCCAGAACCAGAAGUGGCUCCCAAGCAGCUGGACAACUUCAACAGGCCCCCCGUAAUAUUGAUCGUAUAGAAGUGCUGGUGUUGUUGGAUCUGAUCGGUGCUCGUAAUCCAACCUUCUCCAGUUUCUACGAGAAUACCCAUGGACUGCACUCCAGCCUGGUGCAAAUAGAGAAGAGUCUGCGUGCUGCCGGAAAACUAGAGGGAAAUAACAAUAUGUUUCUAAAUCGGGUAUCUGGUGGCUUAGUCGACGACGACCAUCGUCCCUUCUUGGAGGAGGAUGUUCCCAUUUUGCAUUUGGUGUCCACUCCUUUUCCCGAUGUGUGGCAUACGCCUCGCGACAAUGCCGCCAACCUUCACUGGCCAUCCAUACGUAAUUUUAACCGUGUUUUCCGCAAUUUUGUGUACGAGUAUCUACAUCGGCACACCGCCCCCGUUAAUUUGCGUUUUUAUCGAACUUAGUUAGUGUAUUGUUUUAUGUCUAAGAUUUAUUAAGCAUAAGUGUGGGUUGUUUUUUUGUUAAUAAAAAAUUCCUAAAACAUUUUCUUCUAA